AUGGAGAGGAAUUACGUGUCCGUGUUCCUGCUGCUCAUUGUCAUCUCCUGCGCUCUGGCAAAGGAUGCGGGCAAGAAGGAUUCCAAGGACACCACCGCUAAGCCCAAACUGCCUCAGACACUCUCCAGAGGCUGGGGAGACCAGCUCAUCUGGACGCAGACCUACGAGGAGGCGCUUUUCCGCUCCAAGCACAGCCAGAAACCCCUGAUGAUUAUCCACCACUUGGAAGACUGCCCACACAGCCAAGCCCUCAAGAAGGUAUUUGCUGAGCACAAAGAUAUACAAAAACUGGCUGAAAAAUUCAUUCUCCUGAACCUUGUGUACGAAACCACAGACAAGAACCUUGCACCUGAUGGCCAGUACGUCCCUCGGGUUUUGUUCAUAGAUCCUUCCCUGACUGUGAGAGCAGAUAUUACUGGAAGAUACUCCAACCGUCUCUACGCAUAUGAGCCCUCUGACAUUUCGUUGUUGUAUUCAAAUAUGCAGAAAGCGCUGAAGCUCCUGAAGACUGAACUGUAAGGGGAAGAAGAAAGCCCUUAAAUAUUAUGAAGUCUUAUGUUCCAUCUCUUCUCCACACCUUGAUACUGGUGAAGAGACUAUUUAGAGUGAUAUUUAGUGAUGUGUAGUGAUGGUUUCUAUAUAUAAACACUACAGUUUUACAUUAGCACUUUUGUACUGGGAAUUGUUUUUAAAAGCUGGAGGCUUUUAUUUUAAGGCAUACAGAAGAAUGCUGUAUGAUUCAACUGUAAAAAUGAUUUUUUAAAAAAUAAAUUCAUUUCAAGUGUUUACAUACAAUCAUUGUUGUAUUUGCAUUUUUUUGCUUUAUCUUCGUCUACCAUUAUUAGAAAUAGUAAAAUCACCAUGUUGCUUGAGACCACAGCUUGCAUUUUACAUUCAAGCACUUGGGGAGGAAAAAGGCUGCUGUGGAUUGAUCCCAGCCAGCAGCCUAGCCCCACACAGCCACUUGCUCUCUCACUCCUCUCCACUGAGAAGGGCGAGAGAAUCAGAAGAUUAAAAGUGAGAAAACUCAUGGAUUCAGAUAAAGACAGUUUAAUAGGUAAAGCAAAAGCUGUGUGCACAAGCAGAGCAAAACACAGGAUUAAUUCACUGCUUCCCACAGGCAGGCAGGUGUUCCAGCCACCUCCAGGAGAGCAGGGCCCCACCACAUGUAAUGGUGACCUGGGAAGACAAACACCCUCACUCCAAAUGUGCCCCCACUCCUGCUUCUCCCCCAGUUUGUAUGGUGAGCAUGUUGUGUCCCCUUAUUCAGCUGGCAUCAGCUGUCUCAGCUCUGUCCCACUUCUCCUGCAGCCCAGGUCUACUUGCUUGGCAGAGCAGUGUGAGGGAGCAGCAAAGACCUCGACCCUGUGUCAGCAACCACAGAAAACAACCUUGUGUUAUCAGCACUGUUGUGGCUGCAAAUCCAAAACUGCAAAUCCAAUUCACCACACAAGCUGCUGUGAGGAGAAUCAACUUUAUUCAGCCAGACCCAGCACAGGAAAGCAGCUUUUUAUCUCCUGUUUCAGAAGCUAGCUAAGCUCUCUAUUACUCAGCCUACUUUAUCUCAAAUAAUUUUCUAGUAGCACCAGCCAAUGUAGAGCUUUCAUUAUCAGCCCUUUCUUUACAGCUAGGCUAGCAAGUAAAAAUCUUUCACAGGAAAGUACUUGAGACUAGAGCAUGGGAUUGUUUGCAUACAGCAGCUUGUUUUUCUUUUGAACUGGCUGUAUUCUGAAGUGACUUUAAGAUAUGCCUGCUUCCUUUAAAAUGUCCCUGCUUACAUCAGAUUUCAGUAAAGCCUUGAGAUGAUUAAGAAAGGGAUACCACACUGACUAUUGACUGGGUUCAUGAAUGCUUAUUUCUAAGUCCAAAAGGGACACGAGAACUCAGAACGAAAAUAAACGCCACAGAUUAACACCAUGAGAGUAUACAUUUCAUAAAGACUUACACAAAAAGGAGGCUUUCCAGCCCCAAAUAUCUGCUAUCUCUGAACUCAGCAGCAGCAUCAGUGAGAAACACUUUGGCCAGGACCAUGCCUUCAUUAUUUUCUCAGCUCUUUGGCAAUAAUAGCAUUCUUACUACUUCUAUUACCAUUACUGUCACAACUACAAGAGGAAAACACUUGGGAGGGCAGGGCAGGUGAGAAAAGCAAGGCUUUCAGCACAAGGGAAUCUCUCAGCAAAAUCAGAAGGGAGGUACUUGCUAAUAGGUCUUUGGCAAGCUCUGUGAGCCCUACCUACCGGAAAACCUCAAGAGGUUCCUGGAAAGGGUCCCAAACAUAGAAUUCAGCAUUUCUUCAGCACUUCAGUAAGAUGCUACUUUCUAUUGCAGCAUCCAGAAGACAGAGGAAAAAGAGAUGCAGUGGGGGGCAGAAAUAAUCUCUAGAAUCACUUAUCAGUCAGAAAAAAUGUGGUCAUAUCACUUAGCAGAGGGACAACACCGAGGGAGGCCAGAGCAGCUGGUUAUCAGAAUCAUCUUCACCUACUUUACCCAAAGUACUCUUGCUAGAGCUACGUGGCAUAAAAAAAGCUGCCUGCGCCAUCGUGUUUUACAAGCUGUUUUUAUAACACUAUGGAAGUAGCAUCAUUUUCUUAAGAAGAGGUACUGAUGCUAUGUAUAGCAUCCAGUAAGUGGAUAUGAGGCACAUAGAGACCCUACAAGGGUCUACUAAUGUACAAGCCUAGAUGCAAACACAAGUUAGUCCAGCCUGCAAGUAUAAAUAAAUGCUCUUGAAACUGAAAUUCUUCUUUUUUGCACUCAAGGCUAUGCUUUUCUCAUCUACUUUUCACCACAACCAAAUCUGCAAGAAUUUUAAUGAAUAAAUGGUCAACUUAAUCCCGCUCUUUUAAUCCUUACCUCUAAAUAUAGAUUUUUGGGGGGGGCUUAAAGAGGCAUUAAGCUGAGAUUCCUAAAAAAGCCUCUUUCAAUUUCUUUGGAAAACCUGAGAAUCAUUGCUAAAAUACAUAUGAUCGUUAGAUAACCCAAAGUACACAGGAUGGAUAUGGGGGUUUUAGGAAUUCCACUAGCAUUCAGACAAUCUUCUAAUUAAUUAGGUCUAAAAUAAUAAUGCAAGUUAAGAACACUAACUCAUUCCUCUCCACUUGUCAGCUACAGCUUUUAAGGUAAAUUUUUACAGAUAUCACUUCAAUUCAUACAAGCCUUCCCUUUUGUAAUAGUUAUUUUAAUGUGAAAGGUGGCAGAUACUGUGCAGUAGUAUCAGGAUGUUAGUCAAUAUCUGGAUUCACUUUCUCACAUAGAUGGAGAAGAAUUAGAUUGCUUUAUGGCCACUUGUUUUUAUAUUAUAAAAAUGCGUAUGCAUUUUGAAAGAAGACAUCGUUCUACAUUUUUCCAGAAUAACCAACUUGAAGAAAGCAUUUCACAAACUAAAGCCAAAAGAUAUCUAAUGUAAGUGGUAAGAAUGCUCCAAGUUAAAUCACUCAAUUACUUUGACACUGUGCUGCUGUAAAUAGCUUCUAGAAAAUCUGGUUACAAUGAAGUCCAAAUCUCAAGCAGUCAGGUGAAAAUUAAAAUGCAUCUCUAGAAAAAAACAAAAAAUCUUUGAGUGGUGAAAAGGUUUUUCAAGAAGAUAAAGAAACAAAGUUCAGUGAGAAAACCCACCAAGAAUAGGUAUAAAUAACUUUUUUAAUCACUCUAGUUUGGCAUGUCAGAAUAGUGUGGCACUUCUUGGAUACUCAAUAGAGUCAGACUUUCUCUGAGAGACAACACUCUUCACCUUCCAAAAACAAAGUCAGACUCAUUGUGUUUUACUAUCCCCUUUCAGAAUCAGGUUUGGAAAGCAAAUCCACACCUCUAACUGGGAAUUUCAACGUUUGUGUGGCUGGAUGGGUUUGCUUAACCACAAUCCCAAAGAGACAAUGGAUUUUUAAUACAAUAGAAAAACUUUAAUCAUUCAAUACAAUCCACUGAUCUAUGUUCUGACUACUAAAACAAAUUCACAUUAUGAGACAUGAGAGUUUUGGAAGUGGUAAUAUUUUCAGUAUUUUUGCAUUGGUGUGCACAUUUACACUCCAGUAUAAUCUACCAAAUUUAUGAACCAGAACCACCAAAUACUAAGCACUACAAAAGCAAUCAGGAAAAAAGUCAAAACUGAGGCAGAAAUUUGGUGUUAUUUUAAGCUUCAUUAACCCUCUCCAUAUGACAACUCCUUGGAUUUACUAUUGUAAUGCAAAAACACAGAGCCCAUGUAGACUAGGAAAAUGAACUGUUCCUAAAGGCAGCCAUGAGGUCAUCACUGUCCUCUUGACACAUUUUGGGAAUGGCUGGAGGGAAACUGAGGGCAACUGAACAGCAACUGGAGAAGAAAAGUACUGUGUACAUUUUAUUAGACUUCAGCUGGCCUGAAGGCUUUUAAGGUGCUUCAGCACACAAGUGGGCUCUUACCCUGGAUCUCCAGGUCUGUGUUUGAGCCAGACACAGCUGCUGGGUAGCACAGCAGCAGCUCCCAGAGCAGCUCCAGGGGAAGGUGCUGACCACGGAUGCUGAAAACUCAGCUACACCUGAGAGAAGCAGUUCUAUAGCAACUUCUUGACAUCCCUCUGCUUUCAGGUUCUACUCUUCCCCUUCAAAACCUCAAUUUCUUCUUUAGAAGCACUAAGCUUGUGAAAAUCUGGAAGUGCUUUGAUAGCCAAGUGUUUCAACUUCUUUUUACCUCCUCUGUGGGAGUAAGGACGAAUCUCUCUACUAAAGGGAGACUGCCUGAGAAUUUACUUCUGUCUGCCUCCAGAUUUCCCUUCCACCUUGCUCAGGUGCUGUAUUUCUUGGCAGAGGGCCUUAAUACUCUUCCCCUUUUCUUCCUGGAGACUUGUCUUUCAGGCUACAGCAACUGCCUACUCUGACAGCAGCAGCAACUGAGUGAAGAAUGAAUGAAGGAAAGGGGCAGUGCAGAUCUGCAAUUCAGUAUGGUUAGAAACAAAUAGGACAUUGCACACCUUGGGUGUUUAGAUGUCUGCUGUUUCAGCUGAUGCAACACUUCUUUCACAGGCAGCAAGAGGGACCACGCUUCCCUUCAGCUCAGACAACACUUUCUCCAUGGAUAACGCACCAUUCUAACUUGAAUUCUUUGUUUUCAGAAAACAAACUACUGGAAAGCAUUGGUUUUUGUUGCUGUUUUUCUUUCUUUUUUUUUUUUUUUAACAUGUCAUUCAAUCUCUCAUGAAAUCAAGACUGUUAUCUAGAUGACACAGAAAUAUACACUGCUGAGUUAUUACAACAAUGACUUUACACCAUCUAAAAAAAAUAGCUGUACAACAACUUUCCAGACAUCAAGUUUCUUAUAUCAGAGAUGACAGACAUUGAUUGUGCAAAUACCACACCUCAUUCACUUGUCAAGGGAAAAAAGCUUCAAGUUAAUCAGCUGCAGAUUACAUUCUCCUGGUUUUCUUCAUUCAUUGUUCUCAUAAUGACAAUAUUCAUUAACAUUGUUUUUAUUCUCAACAAAAUUCUAAAGCUACCAGAAAACCAAAACAAACAGGAAAGGGGAGGGGUGAAGACUACAGU